GUGGACUCCGCGUUGCGCUCAGCUGCCAGCGGUCUGGAAACGCAGAUCCGCCGCAGGGCAGAAGACGCUGCAGAUGGCAAAGAGGCCAAUCGGGCCUGCUAUCGAUUGCUGCUUCACUUGCAAGAGCGCCAUCAGGCGCGUGCACAGAGGUUUGAAGCAUUUGCGUUGACCUACCUCUUGAAUGCGUUCUGA